AUUUUAAGACUUUACUGCUUUCUUCCUCCCUCUCUCUCUCUCUCUCUCAUUCUAAUUUUUUCCACUUGUAAUUUCUCCUUCAUCUACCCCUUCUCUUUCGAUAUCCUUUGUCUUUUUUUAUCCUUUAUUGCUCUUUCUUAAUUUGAUCAUGGCUGAGGAGACACAAAAGCCGGCAGCUGCUUCUGAAACCCCUCCACCAACUGAACAAGUUGUUGAGAAACCCAUCACUGAGAAUGACCCACUUCCACCUGCACCUGAACCUGAGCCUGAGGCUCCUGAGACCGGCAAGCCCACCACUGAAGAAGCCAUUGAAGAGGCUAUUGAAGCUGAGAAAUCAUCCAAACCUGUUGAAGAAGACAAGAUUGUUCAAUCCACUUCUUUCAAGGAGGAGUCUAACGUUGUUGGUGAGCUUCCCGACCCUGAGAAGAAAGCUCUUGAUGAGUUGAAGCUACUUAUUCAAGAAGCUCUCAACAAGCAUGAGUUCACUGCCCCGCCUCCUCCUCCUCCGCCUGCUAAAGAAGAAGAGAAGGUUCCUGAACCAGUCAAGGUCAAAGAGGCUUCUGAAGAACCUAAACCCGAGGAAGCCAAACCUGAGGAAGCUAAAGCCGAGGAAGAAACUAAACCAGAAGAAUCCUCCAAAACGGAGGUUGAAACACCCGUUGAAGCAGCUCCAGCUGCUGUUGAAGUUGAAGCAAAAGAGGAGGAAAAGACUCCUCCACCGCCAGCUGAGGUGGCGGAGACAGUUGUGGUUGCUGAAGUGGUUGAAACUGUAACGGCUAUUGUUGAUGAAGAUGGAGCCAAAACAGUGGAAGCUAUUGAAGAAACAAUAAUUGCAGUUUCGGCUCCGGCUGCCGUGGAAGAGGCAGCUCCAGCCGAGGUGACUCCUGCAGAAGAACCUAAAGAAGAAGACGCCAUUCCUAUUCAACCGGAAGAGGUUUACGUAUGGGGAAUUCCACUUCUGGGAGAUGAAAGAAGUGAUACAAUCCUCUUAAAGUUCCUUAGAGCCAGGGAUUUUAAGGUCAAGGAGGCUUUCACUAUGAUCAAGAACACCGUUAUCUGGCGAAAGCAGUUCGGAAUUGAUUCGCUGCUGGAAGAGGAUCUUGGAAAUGAGUGGGAUAAAGUGGUUUUUAUGCAUGGAUUUGAUAAGGAAGGCCAUCCUGUGUGUUAUAAUGUGUUCGGUGAAUUCCAAAACAAGGAGUUGUAUCAGAAUACUUUUGCUGAUGAUGAGAAGCGCACCAAAUUCUUGAGGUGGAGGAUUCAACUUCUGGAGAAAAGCAUUAGAAAACUUGAUUUCAGUCCAAGUGGAAUCUGUACUCUUGUUCAGGUUAAUGACCUUAAGAAUUUUUCUGGACUUAAGAGGGAGCUCAGGCUGGCUACCAACCAAGCUCUGCAACUUCUUCAAGAUAAUUAUCCAGAGUUUGUUGCUAAACAGGUGUUCAUCAAUGUUCCGUGGUGGUAUCUUGCCUUCAAUAGAAUGAUUAGUCCUUUCUUCACUCAGAGGACCAAGAGCAAGUUUGUUUUUGCUGGCCCAUCCAAAUCUUCAGAUGCCCUUUUCAAAUAUAUAGCUCCGGAACAGGUACCAGUUCAGUAUGGUGGACUGAGUCGGGAGGGUGAGCAGGAAUUUGCAACAGUUGAUGCUGCCACUGAAAUUACAGUCAAGCCUGCUGCCAAACACAUUAUUGAAUUCCCAGCUGAUGAGAAGAGCAUUCUGGUUUGGGAACUCCGAGUUCUGGGGUGGGAUGUGAGCUAUGGAGCUGAAUUUGUGCCAAGUGCGGAAGGCAGCUACACUGUAAUUGUUUCAAAGACAAGGAAGAUUGCACCUAUUGAUGAACCAGUUAUCUCUGACACUUAUAAAAUUGGUGAACCUGGCAAGGUGGUGCUCACCGUUGAUAACCAGAGCUCUAAGAAGAAGAAGCUCCUAUACAGGUCCAAGACCAAGCCAACCUCUGAUUAAACCUUUGAGUGAAUGAUUACUCAAUGCUAUUCUGGAGUUUCAAUAUCUUAUCAACUAGAAGGCAUUACAUUGGACAAAUAUGAAAGGGUUCUUUUGUUUUAUGAUAGAGGGUUUGAUUUAUUUUUGGUUGAAUUUUAAUUUAAAAGUUUAAACUUGGGGGAAUUUCAUUUAUAUUAAUUUUUUUUCCUAUUAGUUUUGGGGACUUUGGUGGUCUGCUUUUGGAUGGGGAUGUGUGUGGAAUGUGGACAGAAACUCUAAAUUUAUUUUUGAUACAUAAUGCCUGUAAAAUUUGUGUAAAAUUUGUUCAUGUAUUAAGUUGUUUAUUAUUUGGUAUA